AUGCUUGACACUCGCGAGGAGGUCAAGCAAGCUCAGCGAGAGGCGCAGGGCACCGCUGAUGCAGAGACAACUGCAUCAGCAGCCUGGCAGCAGGCCUGCCUCUCUUGCACUCUGGGCAGACAAGAAGCAGCUCUUAAGAGCUGCCCGACCACCCUCACACCAGUUAUACCCCUCGAGGGAGAUCCUGUUGCUACAGGACUCGAACGCCUCUUUAGCAUUGUCGAGAGGGCUGCUAGUCAGAUAGGCAACCCGAAGGAGGGGGAGAGGGAGGAAAAGGAUUCUGCUGUCGAGAAGCGGCUCGAGGACCUAGAGUCUAAGGUUAGCACUGUUCACAACAAUGUGACACAGAUGCUAGCGAUGAUGAAGCAGCAGAAAGGGAAUUAG